CGGGAGAUGGAAUUCUUCGAGGAGAAACUGAGGAGCAUCCAAGAGAUGGUGUCCUCCCUCCACGCCGUGAAGAUGUCGCACAUGGUGGAAGAGGACACGCUGCUGAAGAAGAUGUGGGCGAAGCAAGCGAGGGAGAUCGCCUACGACACGCAAGACUUGGUCGACCUCUUCACGCACGGCGACGGUGAUGGCGACAGCGCCGGGGUUAUGCCCAAAAAGACUGCUGGGCGUGUCAAGAUGCUAAAGAGGUUCAGAAGGCGCCCCAAGAAGCCCAUAUCAGAUCUUGAGAUGGUCAACAAGAUCCAAGAGCUUAAGGUUCGUAUGGCGGAAGUGAUUGAGCGGCACAAGAGGUUCAAGAUCGGCAUGGAGCCCAGCUUCCCCCCAGAACAAGACAUACCCAGUUGGCGCCCAGCUAUGUCCAUAGAUGCUCAUUUGUCGGCACUCUAUGCCGGGGGGGACGGACUUGUUGGUAUCGAUGGCCCCAGGGACGAGCUCACGGCUCUGCUCAUGGUCAUGGAUGACAAGCAACAAUUGAAGGUGGUCUCUGUUCUGGGUCCUGAAGGUAUAGGAAAGACUACACUUACCAAAGAGGUAUUUAACGGAUAUUCAAGGAAAAUUUGAUUGCUCCGCUUUUGUGUCAAUGUCCCAAAACACAAGCAUUCAGGAGAUUCUUCAAGCUCUUGGAUCACAGCUCAGUGCCCAACAAGGUGCCAGCAUAGAGGCAUGCCAAGAGGAGCGACUCACGCAUAAGCUCAUACAAGUACUCAAGGCCAAGAGGUACUUUGUCGUGCUCGACGGUGUGUGGAGCACACGUGCAUGGAGAUUGAUCAGAUGUGCCUUGCCUGGAAAUAAUCUUGGCAGUCGAAUAUUGAUGACGACAUGCAUCGAUGACAUAGCUAUGUCAUGUUGCUCAACUGCUGCAGACUCGAUAUAUCGAAUGAAAUAUCUUCCGGAAGUAGAAGGAACAAGAUUAUUCAUGGAGAGAACAUUUGGCCUUGAAAAGCAGUGGCCUUAUUCCUUAGAAGAAAUUGGUACUGAAAUGCUGACAAAAUGUGGUGGGUGGCCCAUCUUAAUCCUCACCAUAGCUAGUUUGCUGGCCAGCAAGUCAAGUUCAGAAGAGCAAUGGAAAGUGAUACAAGGUUUUAUUGAUUUAGCACUUGAGGGUCACCUCAAAAAGAAAGGUUUAGCACCUGAGGAGAGCCAGGCCCACAGUUGCGACAGUUUUCAAGGAGUGAAAAAUAUAUUGUACAUCUAUUAUAAUGACCUUCCCCAGCAGUUGAAGACAUGCUUACUGUAUCUAUGCUUGUAUCCGGAAGGCUAUAUCAUCAGCAGAAACAAAUUAGUAAGAAGAUGGAUAGGUGAAGGCUUCAUCGGCAUGAGAAGUGAACAUGGCAACUUGGAAGAAGUAGGGCAGCGCUAUUUCAAUGAACUUAUUAACAGGGGAUGGUCCAACCUGUGGGAAUCCAGUAUGAUGGUCGAGCUGAAGCCUGUCAAGUCCAUAAUUUGAUACUUAGUCUAAUUGAAUCCAUAUCUGCUGAAGAAAACUUUGGUAUGUUGGUUGAUGGACAGGCUCAAGAAUUCCGCACAACAGACAAGGUCCGACGGUUAUCUCUCAACUACCAUGGUCAAAAACAUUUUCCAAUUCCAUCAACCAUAUCUGCUUCUCCCAUCCGCUCACUCACAGUUUUUGGGUCUGCUCAAAGUGCACCGAUCCUUUCAAAUAAUCGAGCGUUACGGGUGUUAGAUUUGGAUGUUCAGGGAGAUCCAUGUAAAAACUAUCUUGGAACUAUAGGGAGCCUUUUUCAGUUGAAGUAUUUGGGACUCCAAAUGAGUGGAGUUGUUGAGCUUCCUGAACAGAUAGGGGAACUGCAGUUUCUUGAGACUCUUGAUCUUACCAAGACUUCCAUCAGAAGGCUGCCAACAAGCAUUCUUGGCUUAUGGCGUUUGGUAUAUUUACUUGUCUGUAAUGUGGAAUUGCCAGAUGGAGUUGGCGACAUGCAGUCUCUGGAGGAGCUUUCAGGGAUUCAAGUUAACACCACCAACUCAACAAAUUCACUGUUGGGUGUGGGACAGUUGACUAAACUGAGGAUUGUCCAACUAAUAUGGUCCAUUUCCGAUGUGUGCGGUGAUAUUAAAGGAUAUGAGGAUAAUCUACUCUUGUCGCUGAAGGAACUAUCCAAGCUCCAAUCUCUAAGCAUCGAAAGCAAAUAUGGUUCUUCUCUCAGUUUCUUGGAUUCUUGGUCACCUCAUCCUCAGUCUCUUCAGAAACUCUAUUUGAGCGGAGGAUAUUAUUUCCCCAGAAUUCCAGAGAGGAUAAUCUCGCUUGUCAACCUUGAUUUCCUCGACAUCAGGGUUUAUCAAGUGGAAGAGGAAAUGAUGAAUGUUUUGGGAUCCCUGCCAGCUCUGUUAGUUCUCAGCAUAUCAUCGCAGGUUGCAGCCGCAGAACAAAGGAUAGUGGUUCAGCCCGGGUUGUUCCACUGUCUGACGAAAUUUACACUCACUUGCUUGAAUAGUUGGACAGGGUUGGUAACCGAACCAGAGGCUCUGCCGAAGCUAGCAAGGCUUGGGCUUCUGUGCUACGUGCAGGGACAGAGAGAUCCUGUGUUUGGUGAUUAUGGCAUCAAGUAUCUCAGUUCUCUCAAAAAUCUCCAUGUUGAGAUCACCUUGGGGGACGCAGGGAUUUGGGAGGUUGCCACAAGAUCCUCUAACAUUCCGCCGCCACAAGUUCAAAUAUCGGACGGACAUAAUAUGGUGGAGGAAGAGGAAAUCAUCGAAGCGGUGGAGUCCUUGUCUACACACAU